CACCAUCACAUCCUCUUCCGCAGAACACGCAGCAUCAGCAGACAAUCACAAUGUUUCAUCUCGCAUCGCGGGGUCUCAAGCAUCCACCGAAAAGGAGUGUGAAUGACAGCAAGGUCGCCAUGCCUCGCGUAGAGAUGUGACCAAAGUCUGCCACCGCCAUUCAGGAUGAGCACGCGGCGAGAGACUCGAGUCCCGAGCGAUGCAUGCGCUGGCUGGUGCGCGGACCUAGGCUCCUUGUGCGGGGGGAGGGGGCGGAGCAGCCGGGCUCUGCAAGCAACGAGGCCAAUCAAGGUCAAGAGCAGUCACGAAGCUGCGGCAUCUUGUUCAUUCAUGAUUGCGAGACAAAUCGAUCGUACACUCAUCGCGUGCGCAAUCACCUUUGCCACUUUACCGCCAUCGUCUUCCAUACAGCAAUUGUACAGUGUCGACGCAAAUUCGCACAUGCAUUACGCUGCUGCUGCUGACGUGGUCGUCAAUUUGGACAGUGUUGCCCAAGUCGCGAAGGAAUGGCCGGAUGCUGGUCAGGCGCAUCAAUGGCUGCUAUCGGACCUGCUAUGCCGCGGAGAGAGAGGUUCAGGGUGACGGUCUAUGCAAGCAAAAGCGACCGACCCGUUUGUGCCUGCAUCCACCCGUAGACACGCUCGACCCUGUGCGCGAUCCCAAAGGCUGCGAGGAUCAGGACAGGCUGAUAUGCGAAGACAGCGGCGAAGAAAAGGAUAGUUCGAGUGCCCAGCGCUUGCUCGCUUACCGCCGCCACAACUCCAGCCUCGCUGGUUGCCGCUCUCACGACACGCCAAUCAUGACCGGCACACCUCGAGCAUGAAGCUUCCAA